CUUGACUCAAAGCGCGACAUACCUAAGUUCUGGUGCCGCACCCUUUGAGAUGACAUCUUUCCCUACAGCCUCAUUGCUGGCAUCGAGUCAUAAGCCCAACAUGGGCCGUCUACCUUCGGUGUCCAGCCUCAUGUCCCCCCCAGAGUCUAAGCCGUUCGAAUCAUUUAACUCCACAUUUCCUCCUCACAAGUUACCGCAGGAUCAAUCACAUUCUCAGGAAAUGAAGCUUGCACCCAUUUCAGUUAACCGGAAACGAACACAGUUAGAAAUGGAACUACCGUCGCCGCCAGUGACUCCGUACGUUGGGAACAAUAAGAAAAGCAAGUCGACCGACCCUGAGCAGCCCGAUGGGGAUGUAUUGGUCUCAUCACGAGAUCCUCUUCUCUUCUCAACGCAUGAGCCCGUUCCCGAAAUUGCCAGUUAUGAGCCGCUAAUUGCCCCCCUGCUGCCGCCGUCUCCCGAAGCGGUGAUGGAACAGCACAUUGAUUCUCAUAUGGCUAUGUUCGACAAUAAACUCAAUAAACCAACGCGCGAUGAGUAUUUUCUGGCCCUUUCUUGUGUUCCGAUUGUAUCAGCUCAGUACAAUCGGAAUCCGGCGGCGUGGGCCAAAGAGGAGAGACGUACCCUUGAGCGUCAAUUAAUCAUGAUGAACCGGCAUCGCCCAGAAGUUUCAAAUGGCAGAUUGAAAAGAAUCGCGCCAGCGCCAACAAAAAGGGUGGUUCCUGCUCAAUCCCGUGUGCAGCGGACGCCCAGAGUAAAGCGCACACCAAAGUCCACCCCGAAACAAAAGGUUUUGGAUUCGUUUGACGUACACACGCCGAACUCCAAGCCUUCUCGUGCCAUCGGCACGAGCAGGGAUGACACAGAUUUUAGCUCCAUCAAAGACUAUUCGCCCUCUUUAGAGACCCUCGGUGGCAAUGCAAAAGCAUUGAAGGCAGAUUGGAAAGGUCAGAUGCUGGACCUAAGUAAUGACCCCGACCGGCACCUCUUGAGCCCAGCUGAGUUAAACCUGGCUGCCACUCUGAGGCUCUCUUGUGCUACCUAUCUCUGCAGCAAGCGGCGCAUCUUUGAGGCUCGCGUCAAAGCUUUGAGGGUUGGCAAAGAAUUCCGCAAGACAGACGCUCAACAGGCCUGCAAGAUUGAUGUGAAUAAAGCAAGCAAGCUUUGGACUGCUUAUGAAAGGGUUGGUUUAUUCAACCCAAGUCAUUUUCAAGAGUAUCUUAAAUGAUGAGAUGUCACAUCGCAGGGCUGCUCCGAUAGCCCGCGCAAUGUCCCGUUCACUUGGUGUUCUUUUCCUCUCCGACUAACUGGUUAGUCGACUCCAUGCUUCAUUGUAUCCAGCAUACGGUCUCAUACCCCUGCUUCUCCUCUUUUCAUCAGAUCACUGCAUUAAGGACUCCAAUUUUAUUUUGUUUGCUCCUUAUUUCACAAGGCAUGGUUGGUUAUUUUAUAUGCGACCCGGAAAUAGGGUCUUGAUUUGGCUCAUUGGUUGUUUUGCUAUGGACCAUGCUACAGGCGUUUGGUUGCGGGUCUGCGGUCACUUUGAAACGGUUAGCGUUUAAUUUUUGCUUAGAUAGAGUUGUCCCCAAUUGAGCUUGCGUGGAUUCGUAC